AUGGCCAUCGAAGAAAUAUCUGGUUGUGUCAAUAAUCGAUAUUUUAUUCGAAUUUUUAAUGUGGACGACUAUUCUUACGCAUUCAUCAAUCAGCACUAUGUUGCACGUCAAUCCAUUCGUACAGAUUCUGGUUUCAUCGAUGUUACUGCUUACAUUCAUGAUGGCAUCAGUAAUUUUACUUUCUCAACAUACAAUGUUUCUAAUCCGUAUAGUUGGGGUUUCCAAAUCAUGAACAACAACAGUACUAUUUUUGCCGAUGCAGCAGGGAUCGCUGGAUCAGUUAGCGCAAGUCGCAGAUCAAGGCCAAAUCAGUUUGUCUACAACAGAAUGAUUUCCGUAAAUACUGCUAAAUGCUCGAUUAUGAGUACAACGCCAACUACAAACGAUACAUCCUACGGAUAUGUCAACCAACAAUUGAUUGUUUCUCAAUCUUAUACAGAUUCUGGCUUCGUUGACGUUACUCCUUAUGUUCAAAAUGAUUCUAAUAAGUUUACCUUCUUAACUUAUAACAUCGCUGCAACAUACAAUUGGGACUUUCAAAUCAUGGAAAAUAACGCUAUUAUUUUUGAUGAUAUAGGAGGAUUGGUGCCAAUAUACGGUGCAGAUAGUGGUAACACAUCGAGGUCAAACCAAUUCGUUUAUAAUAAAACAAUAUUCAUCAAUGUUAGUAAAUGCGAAAAUGUGACUUCGACUUCCAGCACAAAUUGUUUUGUACCGAAAAUCACCUUGAUUCCCGCAACAUCAGCAUUAUUAUCUCCCAUACAAUUUCAACGAAGUCAAGAUUUCUUUAUUAGUUCGUACAUUCAAUUGAUAUGUAACAUUUCACUUGCGACAAUUAUGAAAUGGACAAUCAAUAAUUGUUUUCAAACAAAUUGUUCCUCUCAAAUUCAAAUAGCUCCGUCGAUAAACACAACUUUCAAACCGUAUGGCACAUAUGAAUUCAUCUUGAAUGUCGCAAUGGCUGUAUCAUCAGCAUCUGCAUUUGUAGCAAUUGCAAGGGGGAAACAGCGAAUUAGGAGUUUAAAUAAUCAUCUAAUCACACAUAAUCAAUACUAA